CGCUUACCAGUAACAACGCGAACCGAUGCUGGUCGAGUGUUAAGUUUGUUGCCGCCAUCUUGUGGUGGAGUGUCCGAAGCUCACAAAGUCAAAUUUUGGCACGCAAAGCAAAAUACUCAAUCGAGGGGCAGCUCGUAACUGGAAAAACUCUUAAAUUGGGGCACUCGUAAGUCAAGGUACGACGCAUUUUUUGUUUCUAUUGGGGAAAAAAAUACAACUUUAACUUGUGUAAUUUUACGACUUUUCAUCGGAAAGAUCCGACUUUCGGCCAAUGGGAUCGUCGUGAGAUUACGCCAGAAAAUGAGCAAAUGCGCUGUGGAAAAAGUGGGUCAGCGCUAACAGUCUGCGUGACCGGCACAGGACGAGAGACAGCUGUUCCUAUAAAUAACCUGCCGCCCCUCUCUCACCUCCCACGAGACCUCGCGCCACAUUACAACAACAACAACCCGCUCCUCACAAAAGCCAAACGACGACCCGCCUGAGGUGAAGGCAUGAAGUCGCUGAGCUUUUUGUCAUCAGAGGCCUUCGUCCAGAGCGGCCCGAGCGCCGAAGAGAACCUGGCCGGCGUCUCUUUCCACGCGUACCCGCACCUCUUCAAGGCCUGCUACCUGCACGAGCGCCCGCAGUUGUUGCGAGCUGUCGUGCGCACGUGGCCGCUGCCCGAGCUCCACCUGGGACGUCUCCUGGGCCGCACGGCCGACUGCCCCGCCGACCUGACCUCGCGCACGUGCCGCCCAUGUCUGACGGCGCUUUUCACGGGCUUGAAGGACUUCGUGUUGUCUCCGCCGAGCACGUACGCCAAAGUCCUGCACACGGUGGACCUGACGUCCUUGAGGGACGUGGAGCGGCAGGCGUGCCCGUGCGGGGCCACCCUGGGCCGCUGGGCUCGCACCGGGCUGCUGAGCCAGCUGUGCUACGAGACGGCGGCGACCGUGGAGGGCGGCGCCCGCGUGCCCCCCUCGGCCGUGGACGUGCGCCUCAACGGCUUCGUCACGGGCCGCAACUACGAGCUGGUGACGCAGGCCUUGAUACUGGCGCGCUACUCGGCCCUCAAGCCACGUUUCGUGACCCUCCGCGCAGAUUCGCUCACCCUCAAGCAGCUCUUCUAUGUCCUCCGACUGGCCCGGCCGGAGGCCAUGCACAAGCUGGAGGUGGUGCACAACGUCCCGCUGCAGGCCGCUCACCUGGAGGUGCUGCUGUCUAGGGUGGACUUCCCCAGGCUGCGGUCCCUCACGCUGCCCACGGGGGCGCUAGACAUCAGGAGGUUGGGAGCGGAUGACCGACAGCUGAUGGCCGUCCUCGGGAACCUGAUGGCGAAACUCACGAGCCUGACCGAGCUCUCCGUGGGAUUCUCCACGCUCACGGGACAUCUGAGGAAACUACUCAGCCCCCUCCAGACGCCCCUUGAAAGCUUGGAGCUAGCCAACUGCAGCCUGAGCCGCGUUGACAUGACCUACCUGGCCAACAGCCUGCAUAGCGAGUACCUGGUGCGCCUGGACUUGAGCGGCCAUCCCGUCCUGGACGACUUCGCCGUCGCCUUCCUCAAGCUGCUGGGCCGCUGCUCGGCCUCGCUGGCCGGCCUGGCCCUGGAGGAGUGCGCCUUGGAGGACGCCGACAUCUUGGCGGAGGCGCUGUCCCGCUGCCAGGCGCUGGAGGAACUCAAGCUGCUGGGCAACCCUUUGAGCACACGGGCCCAGCGGAGGCUCGUGACGGCGUUGUCGGCAGGGUUCCCCAAGCUUGGGUACGUGGAGCUCCCAGUUCCUCGCGAAUGCUACCCUUUGGAUGCGGCGUACCCGCUGGACGACACGGCCUUGCUUCGGUACGACGUGGCGCUCUUUCAGGAGGUCAGGGAGCAGCUGCUCGGGAUCCUGGCGGGAGCCGGGAGAGGGGAUGUGGAGGUGCGCACGCCCCUCAUGGGCGCCUACGAUCCGGAUAUUCACGAGACCGACAAUGAGCUGGGGGUGUCCAUGUUGAAAUCCUUUAACAAAGUCAUGGGGAACUUUAUAGAGACCAUCGCAGAAGUCAACGACAGAAGGGCAAACAAAAACAACUGACCAAUCAGAUCACUUCAUCAAUUCAGUGUGUGUGUGUGUGUAUAUAAUGUGUAAUAUAGUGACUUGAGUUCACUUCUGACUUUAUAACUUCGGGGUAUCCUGUCUCUACAUAUCAGUAAGCUAAUUGCAUAAUAACCCAACUUGAACUUACUGUUGACCCAAAAAAAAAAGGCACUUUCAAAGAAAGUCUUUUUUUUUUUUAAUUAUGACACUUGAAACCUGACAUUCAAAUAUAAAAAUGCAUUUUAUUCAAGAGAAAUACGUUUUGUUAAAAAUGAAUAUCAAGUGAACCCCU